UGACUGCCAGUAAUUCUCGUGAUCCAACUGCUGCAAAACUGCUUGUAACGUAAGAGAUUGCUACUGGAAGAGCUUCCAUUAUCCAGUGAAAAUGUUCAUCAUUCAUCUGCAAAACUCACAAUGAAUCGUCACCAAGUGCUCACAGGAUCUGUCAAUCCUGGCGAUCGUUGCUUUGCCGUUGGAUAUGUGGAGGGGGUUCCAUUCACGGCCUAUGCAUCGGGAUGUGACGUCGUUAUCUUAUCCAGUAAUUUCCAGAGGGUGCAGAUCAUCCCAGGAGAAGAGCAAGGCAACAUCCAAGUUGGCUGCAUCGACUGCUCUACGGAAAAUGGAAAGAUUGCUGCUUCCUUCGCUAAUCAAGUUUUCAUCUUCGAGCCUACCCCCCAAGUGCCGACACUCAAGAAAAGCUCAUAUAAAUUAGAGUACCAGUGGUAUCGAACUGGGAGCUUCAAGACUGAAUCCCUGGUCACCAACUUGUCGUGGAACCAUGAUGGUUCCAGGAUUCUCACAGGCAGUGAUUCAAUCCAGCUAUGGGCAAGUUGUAAGGAAGAUGGCCCUCCCCAAGAUGUAUCAACAGAAGGGGGAGGCACUGCUGCUGACUCUGCCCCUUCCACCACACCCAAAGCGUCAACAACCAUCAAGGGAUGUCAAUGGGAGAAUAUCUGGCAAUGCACGACAGCCACGCCCGUGUUCCACUUGUUGUUCUCCCACGAUGGACAAUUCUUUGCAUCUGCAGGAAAGGCCGACAGACUCGUCAAAAUAUGGUACCAGACUCGGAAACCAGCCUUCAAGUGUGGUACCCAGACUACUGCAGAGCCAACCAAGGGAGAUGGCUAUAGCUUUGUGUAUAUUGCCCAUCCAAGGGCAGUCACUGGCUUUUCAUGGAGACGCACAAGUAAAUAUAUGACAAGCGGUACCGUCGCAAAUGUCCUGGUUACCUCUUGUCGGGAUAACAUCUGUCGUUUAUGGAGCGAGACGUUACUCCCUAGCAGCCAGCUUGUCGAGUCCUCUUCGCACACCGCUAACAUGGCUGGCAAGUCAAGAGAAACUCGGAGUAGACGACCACAGUUCAGUCUCGGCAUGAAAGGAGGUAAACGAAGGCGGAAAUCUGGAGGAACUUCAGCUAAUUCAUCCGGUGGAGGUACCCAGGAAGGUCAGCAGAGUAAUGGCCACGGAGGUCUACCCUUACACUUCCAUAUCGCUGCUACCAUCAACCCUAAUACAGAUAUCCCUUUGCUGCCAGCUAUGGGUAAGAUGUCCAAGGGUAGCACACCAAACUUUGUGGUCAACUGGCUGAACAACAAGGAGCUUCAGUACACAUUAGCAGCAGAAACACUUCUUCAGAUCAAUAAAGAUGAUAAAUCAGAGAGUGAUCUUGAAGAUUCUUCUUCGGAGGCGUCGUCGUACUCUGAGGAUGAAGGGGUCGGGGAAGGAGUGAAUGAAGGAGCGGAGGAAGGCGGGGAUCCGACCAAUCAGAAUCCAGUUACGACCGACGAGCAUGACUCUGGGACAUCAGGGUCCACGCAGAAUGAGUCGGGCCAAUCCGGUCGGAUGACACCACCUGAGAUUCUGACCGUCGACACCGAUGCGAACGGAAGCAGACCACUCGCCAGACCGGGGAAUCUGGGCUCAUUCCCAUCAUUUCCACAGCUUGCUAGUAUCGCCCAAGUCGGGUCCACACCUCUGGGUCGCCUUCAGAAGAAAUUCGACGACAUGCUGCGAGAGUGGAACCAAUGCCCGGACAUGUUGUUUAGUAUUCAUCCGAUCGAUGGGUCCUUUCUGCUGUGGUUGGUCGACUGGGUCGAUGAAGCCAUUCCAGGAGUCCAUCGCCAACCCCAGGUUAGCUUCUCGUGUCGGAUACCACAGGCUUUCCCGAUUCACGACGCGACGACAUUGUGCAGUAAUCUAGUCCUGUACAGGAGCAACUUGACUAUGGACCCUAGAGCCAGCAGGAGGCAGCCGAAUCUUCUCUCGCCAAGAGAAGAACUUCCUGGCAUGACUCCAAGCUACAGCUUCUCCCAGCGGCUGGGCAUGGUACCGGCAGGCGUCAACAUCUAUGCAUUCACUCCCAGAGUCUCCAUGCUCUCAAAACAUUCCAACGGGACACUGAACCAGUGGGAGAUCAGUUUCUCUGAGACGUCCAAGUUCCAGACUGUGCUGAACGUCGCCCACACUUCCAGGUGCUGUGGCCACCGCUUUAGUCUCAACGAUAUCUCCUGCCACCCUGUCUUACCCCUCCUGCUCACCUCCUCCCAUCACAACAUUCCCAGCGUUGAGGUGGACCCUGAAAUCGUUUCAUGUCGGUCCCGCAGACUGUCGACAGCGUCCCGAAAAGUGUCGCCAGGAGACGUUGUAUCCCCGAAGAGAAGGAGAAGCUCCAUCAAUUUAUUCGGUCGGAGCCUUCUGUCGGAAAGCGAACAUCAAAGAGUUAUGCUGUUGUAUAACUUCAAUACCGAUAUGGAUGAACUUGAGGUGGACUUGACCUGCAAGGAUGAUGUCAUCAUCCCGGAUAAGAUCAUGGAGCAACUGAAUCAGGAGAUGAACUGGCCGGACAUGAGUGCCCCGACGGGACUUUGCAGUGAGCUCAUCCUCUGGAGGGUCUUCCCAGUGGGGCCACUCACCAAGAGCAGUGGGGUCGUAGAGCUGGCACGGAUUAACUCCCCAUUCCUGUCGGCCUUCUCCCAUGUGGCAUGGUUCCCAAGUCUCUUGCCCAGCUCUUGCCUGGGCACGUUGUCCAACUCGCCCAGUGCGUGCUUCGUGGCUUCUGAUGGAUACAGUCUGCGCGUGUUUCAGACGGUUAUCGAUGCACGCUCCCUUCUCACUGAAGUCAUUCCAGGAACUGACCAAUUUGAGGGGUAUCUGAGUAGCAGUUCACCGAUCAAGAAGUUCAUUGACCCCUCAUCGGAAGGAACCCACCACUACAAGCCUAAUGUUAUCAGUUUACAGUCCACGGCACGCCCAGGGUGCAUCAUUGAGUUGGAUGCCCUCUUCUCUGCAAAACAGGUUUGGCACAACGUGCAGCUGAUGCACAUAUUUCCCCAUCAGAGUGUCACCGAGCACGCACCAGCAGGAACAGCGCCUCCUAAUAUUACCAUCGAUGCUACCAGGCCUUACGCAGACCGCUUUUAUCUGGUGGUUCUGGAUCAGGAUCAGGAAGGGGUCUCUGUUGUCCACAUGUGGUACAUCCAUCUAGAAGCCAAAGUACUAGAAGUUCAAAGUAAAGCAAAAGAGAUGCAAACUGAAGACAUUCCAGAUGACUCCUCCGUCGACUCUUCAGACAGUGAAGAAUCUCCUCAAUUUGACUCCAGCAGCGCUCCUCAAACCACCAUGAAGGUGCGUACAUACUCCCACAAGAUCUGCACCCAGCAACUCGCCCUUCCCCCAGGCGUUGAGGUCAUCAGCGCCACCCCAUCCACCAGCCAUCUCAGCUCUUCGACAAUCUACCCUGCGAUCAUGUCCGCCUACAUGUUCUCCACGGCGUGCUCGGAUGGCAAGCUCCGCUUCUGGUGUUGCAAGAUCGUCGAUCCCAGCAAGGUCCACCGCACGGCUCUGGACUUGAAACUCGAGCUGGAGUCCAUCAGAGCACGGUCAGAGUCUGACUCGUCAGCCGAGGCUUGUGAGAAGCUAAGAGGGGACGUCUUGGCCGAAGCCUCGUAUCGUUGGCAAGAAUGGAAGCUCUUGGCGCAGGACCGCGACUCCACCAGCUCAGUGGAGGUACCGGGUACUCCGGUUGGACUCAGCUGUGCCUACAGUGGACGAAUUGCAUGUGUCUAUCGAACUGAUCUAGAUCCAAAGUCACCAGUACGCAGACGCGAGGGAAAGGAAAUUCCACUGCAGGCCAGCAUUUUCGAGUGCGAAUCGAGCGGAGGAGCAGAGUGGGUCUACGAGGACAAACUCGAUUUAGGAUUACUGGAUUUAGAGCCUCUGAACCCCGAAACGGGAAGCAAUAUUGAGGAUCUGAACUAUAAGAUGAUGAAGCGUAGCUCCAAAGUGAAGGACUUUAUCAAUCUUCGAGAUCUUACUGUCGGUGUAAGCCCCACGGCGCUAGACCUCACCAACGUCAAUCUGAGCCCAAGAGCUGGCCGUAUUCAGAAACCAAAGCUGUCUCCAAGAGAAGAGAAAAAAGCGCUUCCUGUCCAGAUAAUGUGGGUCUCUAAAGAAGAUGGCUCUUACAUGCUCACGGUAGGAAUUGGCACCAGAGUUAUAAUCUUCGCCCAAGUGUUGCCAAACAGAGCAAAUGUCCAUCUCGGUGCUAACCACGAGAAGCUGCCCGAACAGAGCAUCUUGGUAAACCAGAAAACCCAAGGUCAUGGCUCCACACUCCUAGCUAAGGAGGACUUAAGACCCAAGUGGAUGCCGCUUUGGACAAUCACGCUGUCGAGCGUGGACGGUAUCGCUCCCCAUACAAAGAUGCUGUCCUGGGUGCGGCCUGGUGUCUUAAUGGUCGGCAUGCAAAAUGAGAUGCAUGUUUACUCUCAGUGGAAAGGGCCUGAACAACAUUCGGCUGCCACUAAAAAGAAAUCGGCACGACGUGACACCGACGCAGGCAGGAGGCCCAGCUUGACAAACAAAGAAUCAGUACUCUCUUCGGUGUCCAAUCUCUCCGUGAAUAUCCUGGCGGUGCCGAUGACAAAAAUGGACCGUGAACAGUCCUACUCUGAGCUCACAAGGUUCGCUGGAAUCGACAUCGAGGAGCCAUCCACAUCGGAAUCAGCCGAGGCGGAAGAGUUAACGUCUGAUGUCGGGAUAUUCGAGUAUUCCUACAUGGCCUGCCCUGUCUUGCCGCAGUACCAUCCAAAGCAGCUGAUGGAGCUGUUGAAUUGUGGCAAGGUACGUCGCGUCAAGGCCAUCCUGGCACACUUGGUGCGUUGCUUCGCGGGAGACAGUGCAAUCCAGAAAGCUCUCAUGACCAACGACAGCGACUCGCUCCACUCCUUCUCCGAAACGGAAGACGCCUUCUCCGGUCGCGGUAAAUCAGUCAGCAACAGCCCUACAGAUCAACCCUCUCUGGAUGACUCCAAAUUGGAUUAUAUUGAACUGAUGUCGAUCCCGCCACUGCCACUAUAUGCCCUUAUAUCUGCUGACAAGGCAGAAUCUCUACCCCCCCAUUCGUCGACUCCCAGUAUAACCAAAGCCAACAAUGUCGGAUCCUUCGCCUCACCCCAAGACCCCAACGCGGAAUACUCAAAGCUGUUCUCCUACAGCGUUGAUGCCUCAUCCCCGCCAACGUUUGACGUCUUUGCAGAGCCAACCGGAGGCGAUCGGAUGAAUAGUGUCACCAUGAAGAUGAACGAUGUGACGUAUUUUGGCAUCGCUCAGCUACGACUACUUACCAACUACUUAACCCAUAUGCAUUUACCAGGACUAAGUAGCUUGGAUCAGAUGAAUCUCUUGGCUUUGGCAGACACUGUGGCUUCCACAAAGACUGAAGUGACAACUCAUAACACAGCUGGAACAGGCACAGCGAUUGGGAAAGAUGGUGCGGGAUAUGCCACCACUGCAGGCACUACAUCAGCUCAUGCAGGGGAGACGCUAGAUGAAUGUGGAUUGCGAUUUCUUCUUGCCAUGCGUUUCCAUGUGUGUCAGUUACGCUCCAUGCCACCAAGACAACAAGUUCAGUUGAGACGCCAAGGUCUUGCCACAUCACACUUUGCCUGGGCCUUCCACUCCGAAGCCGAGGAAGAACUCCUGUCCGUCAUACCCGGGAAUCAGAUGGGCAAACCAACAUGGGCUGAGUUGAGGGCCAUGGGGGUUGGAUGGUGGAUCCGCAAUGAUAUCACACUCAAACGAUGCAUAGAAAAGCUUGCCAAAGCCCAGUUCCAGGCGAAUAAGAAUCCCUUGGAUGCCGCUCUCUUCUACAUGGCCAUGAAGAAGAAGACGCUAGUCUGGGGAUUAUUCAGGUCUGUUAGUGAUCAAAGAAUGACCCAGUUCUUUAGUAACAACUUCAGCAUUGAACGCUGGCGUAAGGCAGCCCUGAAGAACGCCUACGCUCUGCUGGGACAUCAACGCUUUGAGCAUGCAGCAGCCUUCUUCCUCCUAGCUGGAUCUCUCAAGGACGCCCUCGAGGUUUGCUUGAACAACCUGGAGGACAUUCAGCUUGCGAUGGUCAUCGCCAGACUGUACGAGGAAGACCUAGAGAUGCCGACCGCCCAGAAGGAGAUUCUCUACCGCAACAUCCUGGGAUCCGACAGCAACGGGAACCGAGUUGAAGGCCUUCAACCGUCCAAGGACCCUUUCCUGAGAAGCAUUGCCCACUGGAUGCUGAAAGAUUACACCCAGGCGUUGGAUACCCUCAUCAUCCCACCGGUGAGGAGAAAAAACAAUGUGGAGUACCACGAGGUCGACGAUGAACUUUGGGGGAACCCUGACGUCUUCAACUUCUACAACCAUCUGAGGACGCAUCCACUGCUGAUGCGUCGACAGUUUGCUGACCAGGACAAACCAGGCAUGUCUGUCCUGAUCACAGGAUUUGGAAGUGGGUCGGGGCUUGUCGCCAAAGAAGGUGAUAGUUUCAUUAAGGAUGAGAUCACAAACUUGGAGAGGAAGAUGUUCUUUGCGACGGCGCAUGCCCACUCGGCGGCAGGCUGCCCAAUGCUCACCCUAGAAGUGUUGUCCAAGCUUCCACCGGUGAAAUCCAAUGGCAUUCAUUCGUGUGAAAACGGGGAUGUCCAAGUGACGGUAGACACAAAGACCAACCAUGAAAUCAGUACUGAAAUGAUAAGCACAGGAACUAUAGGUAGCUUCACCGAGUCGGGGCUCACAAACCAACCCACUAAAAAGAACCCAGAGUCUAUGGACUGGGGUCAACCGUUGACCAAUGGUAGAGCGGAGCCUGAGUUAGAUUUGGACUGGGGUCAACCUAUUGCAGGAAAGUUUGACGACGAGUUAAAACUGGACUGGAGCGAUGAGAGCGAAGAAGAGGAGAAAGAGGACGAUAAACCAACAGAGGGCGCCAUUCCAAACCAUCUACAAAAUGGUGAUCAUACCACAGAGAAAACUGUCAGCAGAGGACAGUCCUCCGAGAGCGAGGAAGGCACUGUCGACGUCUUCGCCCAGCAGCUCAAGUUCUCGUCCUGUCUGAAAAUCAUGAUGGAGGAGCUCAGAACAUUGGCGACUGGAUUCGAAGUGGAAGGGGGCCAGCUCCGCUACCAGCUCUACAUGUGGUUGGAGCACGAGGUGGAGAUGCUGAAAGAGCUAUGCAACUACGGGGUCACGGGGAACCAGGGAGCUUCGGAGGACACCGGGGAUGAAGCCGAUCAGGAACUGGAGCAUAUAGAUUGUCUGGCCGAGCGGGCUCUGCACGCCCGCUGGAUCGAUCUAGAGGAGAAACGACAACGUGCAGCCAGGAGGAAAAAGUGGCUGAAAUGCCACCAUCAUCUGCUGAGAAGCUUAAUGAGCUACGGGAUCAUCUACGGAUUGAAUGGAGGUGGGUUGACAUCGGUCGCCGUAGAACUGCUCCUGUUGACGCAGGAGAUACAACAGGAAAGCCUACAGCGACAGUUAUCCACCCCUCUCCCACUUCCGACCACUCUGCCUCUCCUCUCGGCGAGCAUCGCAACGUGUAAGACGGUCAUGACCGAUCCGAUCAUGUACUUACGGAAUUUCAUUCACGAUAUUCUGAACUCCAUCCUGGAUCUGACUGCGCCUCCGAGCCCCAAACGCCACAUUAGUAAAGUGCUCACCAUCCAUCGACUCAGUAUGGCACUCUCCGCCUGCGUCUAUCAGACACUCUGCGAUAGCGAUAGCUUCAGCGGGGCCGAUACGUACACCAAGUCCACUGGAAUGGAUGCUUACGACGGGCGCAACACGAAUGUGAUGUACCGUUCUGGUUCGGGUAACCUGGUUGGUGUGAGUGGAAGGAAGCGAAACGCUAGUAACGAGGGAAUGCUGACUGUUACAUCAUUACCAGCAAAAUGGCCAGGAGUUGAAACAUUACAAGCGCUACUCGUGAGCGAGCGGGACGAAGACUCGGCCACCCCUAACGUGUUUCUGUGCGAGAGUCUUUUUGCUGUCUACCUGAGUCAACUGGUGCACGCUCUUACAACGGGGAACGCCAGUGAUCUCUUUCGUCUUGCGUCUCAUACGCUGGACACCAAGAUGUGGUCCUCCGUGUUCGGCGGUGGUGCUAAAGUACUAGAUCAACCCAAAUCUGCUCCGAAUACAAGCAGCACCGGUGACCAGACCCUGACUAAGCAGCGGAACCGUUAUAUGUUACGUCUGAUGGGAAAGGCAAGUAGUGGGCGCCUUCCAGCAUCGGCCACGGAAGAGAAACCGACCCCGAGAGAUGUCUUUGUGCCUCCUGAGACGAGCAUCAUGGAUUACUUCAUGAUCAAGCCUUACAUCCCACCCAAUCAAGAGGGCAUUGACUUUGACUCUGACGCUAGCGACAGCUCGGACGACGAAGACUACGACGAUGAUCUAGACCCCUUCGGACCACCCAAGAAGCACUCCCUGCCCCAGCCCGGUGAGACGGAACACACCGACCCCAGCUCUUUCAGUUGGUGUUUGAUGCGCUAUGCCUUCGUUAAGCUUGUACUCCAUAAGAUACAGACGUUCCUUCCAACUAGCGGAAUAGAACUGGCUGAGCUUCCCGUCUCCUCUCCCAAGCUACACAGCAUUCUGAAGCUCUUGGAGCAGUGGCAGCAGGCCAUGAUGAGGAAGCUAGAUCUAUUCGCUGGACCCCCAGUGGAUUACAUACCCGGGUGUAGUGUAGACACGCCUAGCGCUGUUGGAGGCCCCGCCCUACUGCUCUAUAAGGGGCUUCUGGAACCCACUAACACACCUUUCAGGUGUAAACAGAGCACUGCGCUCCCUUCUAAACGUCUUUGGAACUACUUAGUGAGGCAGGAAGUGGUACAAGACAUCUUCAUUACGUACAUCUUCAAGAAGAAGAGAGGCCUGGAGGAUACAGUGGAUUCAGUGAGAGGUAUGGCGGGAUUUCCCCCGGCAACGACCUCCAAGGUUAGGGUCAUCCACAAGGACCAGGAGAAGAUUCCAGCAUUUUGCUUCAACAAGGCCGACUGGAAGAAUGUAACCAUGAACGGCGAAUACAGAGCAAACCCUACCGGUAUCGUCGUAUCAACCCAACGAGGCCUUCUGGAGCUGGAUAUAUCGCUCCUUCUCAACCCACAACAGACCUUCUGGAUGGAAGAGGAGAUUGAUGAAUACACCACUCCCAGGAAUCGUGGUAACACUGCGAGUCAUCUGGAAAAUGAUUUCUUGAUGGUGACGCCGGUGGAACGCACCAUGGCGAACCCCUUCACCAACCCCAUCCCAGCGCCUUCAAUGAUCACCACUGGCUUCUCUAAUGAGUUGAAUCUCUCCAACCAGACUGGACGUGGAACUAACAUUAUAAUGAGUCGCCCUUUGUACCAUAUCCGAAGACUCGCUGCACAUCCAACCCUGCCAUAUUACCUGAGUGGGUCAAACGACGGCAGUGUCCAGAUGUGGGAAUGGGGGCAUACUCACAAGCUCUACGCCCACAGGUUCCCUGGACAGUAUCCUAAAGUCACCCAGAUGUACUUCAAUGACCAAGGCAAUAAGUUUGGAGUUGCUGAUGACAGUGGUAAACUCUCCUUGUGGCAAGUCGGCAUGAACUCCCAAGCAGUCACAAAACCAUUCUGGAGCAAACAAUGCCACAGCAAGACGGUGUAUGAUUUCAAUUUCUUGGGUUCGUCUAGUUUCUUAGCAACGGCCGGUCUCUCGUCCGAUAACAGGAACAUCUGUCUCUGGGAUACACUCAUGCCGACGAACAAGGCCAUGGUCCACGGCUUCACUUGCCAUGAGGGUGGCUGUCCAACGCUAGUCUACUGCCCCCGACAGCAGAUUCUUAUCACUGGUAGUAAGAAAGGAGAGGUAGCUCUGUAUGACAUACGACAGCGUAAGUUACGUCACACCUUCCAGGCUCACGACAGCAGUAUUAAGUGUAUCACCGUGGAUCCAUCGGAAGAGUUCUUUGUGACGGGGUCGGCAGAGGGGGACAUCAAAGUUUGGUGCUUGUCCAUACACAGUCUUCUUCAUUUCUAUCCCGGCCAGCACCCGCGCGGGAACUUCUUCCGCCAGUCUGGCAACGGCGUGCUGCAGUUGUCCAUUCUGCCGUCGAGCCAUCUUUAUUCAUGUGGUGCUGACGGAACGAUGAAGUGGCGUUCACUUCCAGAGUGGGACAGCAUCUUGUAAUCAACCGGUACUCUGUAAAGCGGUGACCUUGUCCUAUGUUCAUUGAAAUCUUACCACAAAAAAAAGUUUACCAACCAAAAUGCCGUUUCUUUACUGUAACUGGUGUAAUAAUCAACCGGUACUCUGUUUGUAGGUGAUCUUAACCUAUUCUCAUUGAAAUCUUAUACGGUAAAAAAAAAAACUAAAAGUUUACCAGCUGAAAUGUUGUGUCAUUAAUACUAAUGUAACCGGUGCCCUGACAGACUAUGUUAUAAUCAAACGGUACUCUGUAAGUUGGUGACAUUGUCUUAAUCUCAAUAAAGUCUUACACAACAGUUAACUUUUGAAUGGCCUCUGACUGUCACCCCAGCCCCCCCCCCCCCCCACCCCAA